AUGGAGCAACAGACAAACCGGGCGCAUAGGCCAUCCAAGGAGAAGAAAAAGUAUGAUGGCCCGAAUCCAAAAGCUUUUGCUUUUUCAAAUCCUGGGAAGUUGAAAAGGCAGGCGGCCCGAUCUCACGAUGUUAAGGAAAAGCGAUUGCAUGUGCCUCUCGUCGAUCGCCUUCCAGAGGAGGCUCCUCCGCUUGUAGUUGCCGUUGUUGGACCUCCAGGAGUUGGAAAGACGACUCUUAUAAAAUCGUUAAUUCGGCGAUACACAAAGCAGACGCUCAGCACACCGAAGGGUCCCUUGACCGUCGUCACGUCGAAACGGCGACGACUUACGUUUCUUGAAUGCCCUUCCGACUCCCUCGCGAGUAUGAUCGAUGUCUCAAAAAUCGCAGACAUCGUUCUCCUUAUGAUAGAUGGAAACUAUGGCUUCGAAAUGGAGACAAUGGAAUUCUUGAACGCGCUGGCCUCGAGUGGCAUGCCGGGAAACGUAUUCGGUAUCCUGACACACCUGGAUCUAUUUAGAAAGCAAAGCACCUUGCGUGCAGCAAAAAAGCGACUAAAGCACCGAUUUUGGAGCGAGCUGUACCAAGGCGCAAAGCUUUUCUAUCUUUCAGGUGUCAUCAAUGGACGGUAUCCCGAUCGUGAGGUGCACAACCUAUCGCGUUUUCUGUCCAUCAUGAAAAAUCCACGCCCUCUGAUCUGGCGUAACUCCCACCCGUAUGCUCUUGCAGACAGAUUUUUGGAUAUUACGCCACCUACUCAAAUCGAGGAGAACCCUAAGUGUGAUCGGACAGUGGCCCUCUAUGGAUAUCUACGAGGCACGAACUUCCCUGCGCAAGGAGCGCGGGUUCAUGUUCCUGGUGUGGGUGACCUCACGGUCUCUGGCAUCGAGGCUCUUCCUGAUCCGUGCCCUACCCCCUACAUGGACCAGCAGAUUGCCAAAGCAACUGGUAGUGCUGGGAGACGCAGGCUAGGAGAGAAACAGAAACUACUAUUCGCCCCAAUGUCAGAUGUCGGUGGUGUCUUAGUCGACAAGGAUGCCGUCUAUGUUGAUAUUAAGACUUCUACGUUCAACAAGGACGAGAACGACGAUGGUGAAGAACGUGGUCUCGGAGAGCAGUUGGUUGUCGGCUUGCAGGGAGAACGGAAGCUUCUAGGCGAAGUUGACACUGGUGUUCGUCUGUUCCACGGCGCCGAGGCCAUAAAUAACGCAGACGAUGGAGAUGGUGUUGAAGGCAGGAAACAGAGGCGCAGAGUGAGGAUUGCGGAUGGUGAUCAAGACUAUCAGGGCUUAUCCGAUGAUGAGAACGGAAGCGAAGAAGAAGAAUCCGAUCAGGACGAAGAUGAAGAAGCCGAUGUAUCUGCUCCGGCCGACUUUGAGGAAAGAUUCAAGGCAAGACAGAACGGAGACACUCAUAAGGAGGAGAAUGGAGAAUUCGCAUUUGCGGAUAGCGAUUCCGAUCUUGGAUCCAUCUCAUCCGCGGAGGAUCAAGGGUUAGAGAGUGGUCCGGAGGAUGAUGAGGACAUGGAGGACGACGACAUUGAUGAAGACGAAGAUGAUGGUGCGCUCCGGUGGAAGGACAACAUGCUGGCCAAUGCUCGAGCCUUACAUGGAAAGCGUCCAGCAUUCCGCGUCACGGAUUUGUCUCGGAUGAUGUACGACGAGUCUAUUUCACCAGUUGAUGUUGUUCGAAGAUGGCGUGGAGAUGAGGAUGAGGAGCAAGAUAUGGAGUCUGAAGAAGCGGACGAUGAAGAAGAUGACUUCUUCAAGAAGACUAAUGCCGAGAAGGAGAACGAACAUGACUAUCGUGCCGUUCCGGAUUAUGACUAUGAGGAACUGGAGAAGAAGUGGCGAGACGAAGAGAUGAUCGAAUCUUUGAGACGUCGCUUUGUCACCGCCAAGCUAUCAGGAGGUGGGGAUAGCGACGCAGAUGACUCGGAUCUUGACGGCGCCUUCUCUGACGACGAUGAUGAAGGCGACGGCGAGUUCGAGGAUCUAGAAACUGGCGAAGCGUUCAACGGUGUGCAAGAAGAUGAGGAUGAAGAGGAUGAAGAGGGCGACGGUGAGGAAGACGGCGAAGAGGGAGAAUUGGAUUUGGAGGCUGAGCGCGAGCGCAAUGCAAAGAAAAAGGAGGAAUUAAGGCUGCGUUUCGAAGAAGAAGAUAGGGAAGGGUUCGCAAAUGCAAAGGAUGGCUCACGCCAGGCUGGAGAAGCGGGCGAAGAAUUCGGCGAAGACCAGUGGUACGAGCUGCAAAAGGCCAAAAUGCAAAAGCAGCUAGAUAUCAACCGGGCUGAAUUCGAUACGCUUGACCCUAUCUCUAGGACAAGGGCAGAAGGGUACAGAGCUGGUACCUAUGCUCGUGUUGUUCUGGAAAAAGUACCUUACGAAUUUGUCGCCAAAUUCAAUCCUCGCUUCCCCGUCAUCAUCGGCGGUUUGGCUCCGACUGAAGACCGGUUUGGCUUCGUGCAGAUUCGGAUAAAGAGACAUCGUUGGCACAAGAAGAUCCUGAAGACCAACGACCCUCUCAUCUUCUCCCUAGGUUGGCGUCGCUUCCAGACCCUGCCCAUCUAUAGCACCUCAGACAGCCGGACAAGAAACCGGCUGCUAAAAUACACUCCAGAGCAUAUGCAUUGUUUUGGUACCUUUUACGGCCCUCUCGUCGCACCCAACACUGGUUUCUGUUGCGUUCAGUCCUUUUCGAACAAGAAUCCCGGUUUCCGGAUUGCCGCAACGGGUGUUGUUCUCAGUGUCGAUGAGCAUACGGAGAUCGUGAAGAAGCUGAAACUAACUGGUUUCCCUUACAAGAUCUUCAAGAACACAGCGUUCAUCAAGAACAUGUUCAACUCUUCCCUUGAAGUUGCCAAGUUCGAAGGUGCUGGAAUUCGAACUGUGUCCGGUAUACGGGGACAGAUCAAGCGGGCUCUAAGCAAGCCUGAGGGUUGCUUCCGUGCAACCUUUGAAGAUAAGAUCCUCAUGAGUGACAUUGUGUUCCUCAGAGCUUGGUAUCCUAUCAAACCUCACCGCUUCUAUAACCCUGUGACAAAUCUCCUGGAUAUGGAGGAUGGCAAUUCCGGUGACAGCGGAUGGCAAGGAAUGCGACUUACCGGCGAAGUGCGCCGCGCAGAAGGCAUCCCCACGCCCAAGAACAAGGACUCUGCAUAUCACACCAUUGAACGACCUACACGGCACUUCAAUCCUCUCCGCGUGCCACGACAGCUGGCUGCAGAACUUCCCUUCAAAUCCCAGAUUACACAGAUGCGACCCCGCAAGGAGCAGACGUAUCUCCAGAAACGAGCCGUCGUCCUCGGAGGGGAGGAGAAGAAGGCGCGGGAUCUCAUGCAGAAGCUCACGACGAUGCGCAGUGAGAAGCUGGCUAAGAGAGCAGCUAAACAGGAGGAACGAAGACAAGCUUACCGUGCCAAAGUUGCGGAGGGUCUGGAGAAGAAGGCGGAGCGGGAGAAGAGGGAGCGUGACGAGUUCUGGAGACGAGAGGGCAAGAAACGGAAGAACCCUGAUGGCGAGAGCGGCGGAGGUGGGAAGAAAAGAAAGUGA